AUGCCUGGCAAGCACCGUAUGCGCAACCAUAUCUGCCCGCAAGCUUUCAACCCGCGAAUACAAAGACGGAACCAGUCAAUCACGACGACAGCAAGGUCUUUUCAAGAUGACCAACGCAUCCGAAUAAUAUCUCAGGUCGCUCAAUCACCGUUGGCUCAUGUUCUCCAGGAUGGACAGAAGCUAUACGACCGCCUCGACUUGCAACUUGUAGGGCUUUCCAAGCUUCAGAGGCUGGGCUCGAACGGAAUAGACGGCCGCAAGGCGUGGUACUACAUAACGGCCACCAAGAUAAUACGCGAUCACAGCUACCACGCCGAUAUUCUGCUUUUGGCGGUGAUAGAGAUGCUCGAGUGCAAGGCCGGCGUCGCUGGCCUCGUGCUCAAAAGCCUGACAAAAUAUCGUCAGAAGCAGCACUUCCGCCACAGAAGAUUGCCAGUCCCAGAGUGGGGGAGCGCACCGAUGGAGGACAGUUUCAAACUCACGCGGAAUGCUCAUCGAGGAAAGAUGGCGCGGUCGACGAAGGACUGGAAGUUGCUUAUAUCGGCAAAAACACAAUCUCAACAUGCUGCCAAUCGCACCAUCACUGGCUUCAGACCAUACGUGGACACCCCCUAUUUCGGUGCCGCCAGGCAAGACACGCUCAUCUUCGAGGCGACAGGAGGGAUACUACACUUUCUUGCCGAGAUCGUGGCAGUUAAAGGUAAGACCUUGACUGAGAAUAUAAAGAGGCAAUACGGUAGCCCGAUGAGUUGA